AUGGCCGACGCCGACCAGCACGCAGCGAUGGAUGAGAUGUGGAAUGCAAUUGACAAAACGAACCAAGGCUUCUUGAACAAGGACGAAGCCAAGCUAUUCAUUGAUACUACACUGCGAGAGCUGGGCAUCCCUGGAAACUUGACCGACGACGGUCUCGUCACCAUCUUAAAUGAAGUCGACAACGACGGCAGCGGCCGCUUCUCCAAGACACAACUCAUCGAGUUCUUCAGUAACUUCAUGUACUUCUUCGCGGACGCGUCGAUUGCUGCCGCGGUCCAGAUCGUCGCGUUCUCCUUCGUGCCGUCCCAAGUAACUCUUUGCAAAGGCGGAUCCGUCACGUGGACGCAUGCGAACCCGCUAGCACAGCUGCAUACCAUCAACAGCGAGAAUGGGGAGGUCGAGUCGCCGCAACUGCAAUACGGUCAACAGUUCUCCCAGACAUUCCCAACUCCUGGAACUUACCGGUGUUAUUGCCAUGUCCAUUCGUUCAUGACAACCGUCGUCACUGUGGUGGACGUCGCCCAUGAAAUAUCCCAGGAGCUUGCCAAGGAAGCACAUGACGAAAGCGUGAGCUUGUCGAGGUCGGCAGCGCGCGAUGCCCACCGCAUGUCGACGCACGACGCGUUUGUUCAUGCCGCAUCACUCGACCAAACCACCGUCGUGCAGCGCUGGAUCGACAAAGGCCAUGAUAUCAAUCACGCAGACUCGGACGGCCAGCGUGCAUUGUGCGUGGCUGCCCAGAACCAAUGCAUGGACACGAUGGCUUUGCUGGUCAAACAUGGCGCCAACAUUCACGCCAAGCAAAAGGGGGGCCAAACAGCACUUCAUGCAGCGUGCACGUGGGGAAGGCGGCGGGCGGUCCAAAUGCUGCUGCGGCUAGGGUCGGAGGUAGACGCUAGCGACGACAACGGUCAAGUCCCCUUGCACUGCGCAUGCCAGCAUGGUGACCCCGCGUUGGUGAAACUACUGUUGGAGUACAAAGCAGACCCAUACAUUGAGGACGAAGUGCUAUAUCCACUGGACGAAACGCGUGCCACUGACGACGUCAACGUUGUAGCACCAUCGAAUCCCCAAGGACGUUGCAAGCGACUGGAAGCGGUUGGAUGCGCUGCACGAACUGGACGAGUAUUGCUCCACGACCUUCCGUGUGUACAUGGAAGAGCUCUUGAAUUUCACGCUGGACGAGCUCCACCUCGAACUUCCAACAGGCAUCGAGAAGGCAAUCUUCGACUUCUUGGCAUAA